AUGGGCGGGCACAGGGACUUCGUGCGCCACAUUUCCGUGUCCAGGAAGGCGCAAGGUCGCCUCGGCGCGUCCGCCUGCGAGGGCGCCCUGUCGCCCGAGGGCAACCGCCACGUCGCCAAGGCGCUCGAACAGGCGCAGCGCAUGCUCACCGGCGCCGAGUCGGACGACGAGACCGACCACGACCAGGCGCGGCACCAGGACUUCACGCAGGGCGGCGCGUACUGGGCGGAGAAGAUGGGCGCCCACGAGCGCAUGAUGCGCCAAGUGUGCUUCUGA